UGCACAUACAGAUUCUUUCAGACAUCAUGGAGGCAGGUGUAUUUCUCCUGCUGCUGUUCCCAUUGUUGGGGAUUGGGUCGACUCUCAGCUUUUAUGGAGACAGCAUUAGUUUCAUGGCUCCGGAGAAGGAAAUGGAUGGGACAUUUAAGGUGACCUUUUAUCACCGGCAGAAUGGCAAAAGUAACUGUCAGGAUCAGUCAUCUUUCUCAUGUGAUAGUGGCGUAUGUACAGGCUUUAACGAGUCGAGUGUCCUGCAAACAGACCAGGACAGCACAGGCCAAGGCCGCUGGUGCCAGUCUGAAGGACACACAACAGCAACCAUCCUGACUAAUAAUGCCUCCUUUUCUCUGAGGGACUCUGGCUGCUGCUGGGUGUCUAAUGUUGAAGGGAAAACCCAGUGGACAACAUAUGCUGAGCUGGACCUGGGAACUCGAUCUGAUACGCACACUGUCAACAGCUGUCCCGUAACAACAACAGUGUCUUCUUUGCGGGUGCCUCAAAACUGUUUUUCAAGGAUUCGUAUUCUGGCACAUGAUCCAGAUGGAGAUGAAGUGAAAUGUCGCUUUGCUACAUCUGGUCCCACAAACUUCGCUCUAGACGAGACUACAUGCAUACUGACAAGUACAGGUGACAUUGAGACUGGAAUCCACGUGUUUGAGUUGAUGUUAGAGGACUUCUCCACCAACAACAUCACUUUGACCUACUCAGAUGGAACCUCGGUGUUUCGUGAGGCCUCUGGCAUGAACUCACCUCCUCUCUGCAAAGUAAAGCUGCAGUUCUCAAUUGAGGUUCUCCUGCCAAUACCAAACUGUGAAGCCGGUCAUGUGCAGCCCAUAUUCUUGUACAGAACCCCUUCACACGGUGAUAUUCUUCAUGCCACUGUGGGUCAGACAUUCCAGCUUAAUGCUGAAGCUGAAGCUCGCCAUGCCAGCAUCCACGACUUCCAGGUCAGUGGCCCCCAGAACAUGACCAAAGUGUUCAAAGACGAUGUGCUCGGAAAAGCAGAAGUCACUCUCAGCUGGACACCACAGCUCAGUGACCUGUACAGAUAUGUCCCAGUCUGCUUCACUGCAGAGACAAAUGACACCCAAUCAGAGAUGAGGUGUGUUGUUGUCUUGGUGACCCAAGCAUCUACCACACAAGGCAAGGCCACUGUUCAUUGCUCAGCCAAUAAGAUGACAGUAGCCCUUGAUAAAGCUUCCAUGCCUGGCAUUGACGAGAACUUUCUCAAGCUGAGUGAUCCUUCAUGCUCGCUCACCUCCAACAGCACUCACAUCAUGGGUGCAAUGUCCUUCAGCACUUGUGGGACAAAAAUUGAGGAUAAAGGUGAUUAUAUCAUUUUCAAGAAUGCGAUCAACUCCUUUGAGCUGGCUAACGAGGUUAUAACUCGAAGGAAGACAGUUAAAAUCGGUUUCUCAUGCCAGUUUCCCAAAGCCAUCAGCAUCUCCAAUUACUACAAUCUCCACAACGCUGACUACAUUUUCACCGAGUCCAACUUCGGAAGCUUUGGCUACACUUUUGAAAUUUUCCACAACAGCAGCUUUACAAACAGAGUGGAGGCUAGUGCCUAUCCAGUACAAGUCAAGCUGCUGGAGACUAUUUUUAUGGGCAUCCAAGCUAGUUCAGAAUUACCAAACGUGAUGUUGUUUGUUGAGUCAUGCAAAGCCACUCCUGAUAACAACCCUGAAAACAGCCUCUCGUACUACAUCAUCAGGAAUGGGUGUGUAGAAGACGAGACAGUAACAAUUUACCCAUCUAAUAAAACUGCAUUCAACUUCGGACUUCAAGCCUUUAAAUUUACUGGAAACUAUGACCAGGUGUACAUCACGUGCUCUGUAAUCCUGUGUGAGCCUGAGAGUCCCUUUUCCAGAUGUGCCCAGGGAUGUCUGAAGGAUCCAUCACGCAGACGUAGGCGAGGCCUGAGCGGGGAGACGGGUAGACACUACAUUACCCAGGGCCCUCUGCAGUUUGUUGGGCAGCCUUUUCCUGAUACAGCAGAGAACAGUCAGGAUGUUCUGAUGGAGAGGAGCGGCACGCUUCCAGAAGUGAGUCCUCCACCAGCUUCUCCAGGCACAAAAUCAAGUGAGGAAGGUUGGGAAAUGAGGAAGAUCUUCAGCUCCAACAUCUCCACCGCAGUCUUUGCCAGCGCCUUCUUAGUGUCAGUGGUGCUGUUGGGCAUUAUGGCUCGUUACUACAGGAAGAACGGAAGAGCAGAAGACCGCAAAGUUCUCAUAGCUUCAGAAUGGAAGAACUAAACCCAGUAUUUACUCACAAUUGUGUUUGUCUCACUUUCACAUGAUCACUUUCUUCAAAGUCUGUCUUAAAACAAAAUUGCAUCAAAAGCUGCUAAACAACCCUUAAAAACAUCUUUUCAUCUGAAAAGAUGGCAGACACCAGUCCUGCCAAAAUACGCUCAAAUACUGAUAGCUAUUAUGAAGCUUUGAAGUUGUAAGUAGUCAAAUAUUUAAGUGAGUAUCUUCUACUGUUAUUCUUUAUGUGAUCUUUGAUGGGAUAAUAACAUGAAUGGGUAAAAACGAAUUUAGAAGAUGCUCGUUUGAUUUGAACUGCACUGUUAAUAUUUUGUGUGUGGACAGGUAGUAGAGUCAGAAUUCAUUUUGGAUGAAGGCUUCACUAGGCGGCAGCAGCAGAGCCUUUCUACAAUUGGUCCAUGACGGUGGGACUUUAAGACAGACUUGCUUAAUUAUCUCUUUUUAUUAAGGUGAUUAGUCUAUAUGUGGUGUCGUGGUCGUCUAGUCCUCUAGACAAAAUGAUUAGUUCUGAUAGGGGUUGCAUGGUAACAUAUCUAAUACCUGUGCACUCACCAAAAGGCACAGGCUUUAAAGUAAUGUCAAGAACAAUUUAUGACAAUUCACGACCUUCAGUUCAAAGCUCGUCUCAACAGAUUAGUUAGAACUUCAAAGCAAAACUGGUUUUGCCAGAUUUUUUCAUGCCAUUGUAGCAUCAACUUUCUGGAAACGUUCUGAUUCUCAACAAAAGCUGCCGGCUUCUCGGCCAGAAAGUGUCUUUUAGCAACUAGUUUAUGUACUUUAUAGGAGCUUUGUUCUGUUUGUUUUCCUUUGCUUUUACAAAACAUUAUUGUUUAAGAACCGAUAGUGGUUUAGGCUAAAUAUUUUGUUUAAAAUACUAAGAGCUAAAAGCCUGCAUGUUGAAAAAAUCCCCUAACACUCCACUAGAUUUGGUUCUCUUUAAUUUAGACAUACGUUUUCAUAACUUUAAACAAAGAGUGAGAUUAGCUGCAGGUUCUGUGUUGGUGGCGGCGAGAUUGGGGAUUGUUUUGGCUUACAUAAAAGAAAUGGCCAUCCUUCAAAGACAACACAUUAAUGUCUGUAAUGUCUGAAAGUGUAAUAAUAUGUAAUUCUGUCAUUUAAAUGGGAUUUAUUGGCAAUAAAUGGAAUGCACUAGAUUUAAAUUCUACUUGAAAUUGAAAUCGCAUAAUAAACACAAUACUGGGUGUGUA